UCUCUAAUCUUCAUGGAUAAGAUCUUAGCAUUGAUCGUUAUCUGUAGAAUACUUUGAUAAUAAUAUGAUAAAUAUUUAUUAUGUUAUGGAGUAUCAGACAAAAAUACCGGUUUUUAAUUAUUGUAAAUUGUAUUGUAAUUUGUAAUAGUACAAUAACUAAAUAGAAUAACGCUGUAUACUUCUAAGUUCUAAGUUCCAAUCAUAUAAGUUAUGACGAGCAUGGAGAAACUUCAACAAUUACUUAAACAUGGCACAGGACUCAAAUAUUUAGACGACGGUCUUUUCAAAUCAGUCGAUGAAUCGUUGAAAGUUUAUAGACGAGUAGGAGUUUUUGAAAUUACUGAAGAAUCCGAUGAACAAAGAUGUACUGAUAAUUUUCAAUGCAAUGUGAAUGGUUGCAAUUCUAAUUUCACAUCAAUGGCUGAUUACGAAUUACAUUAUAAUUCAAAUCAUCGCUAUUCUUGCAUUCAUUGCCGUAAACUAUUACAAUCUGCACAUCUCUUGGAUUUACAUUUGAGCGAAACACAUGAUUACUUUUUUGAAGCCUCCUCUGUUAAAAAACCAAUGUUCAAAUGUUUCAUUGAAACAUGUGAAACCCAGUUUUGGAAUUCUGAAACACGAAAUGCUCAUUGUAAAGAAGUUCAUAAUAUUUCAAAGAGUUUUUUGCAGCAUUAUGGAAAUAAGAAAAAUCAGAAAAAUAACAAGAAAGUUAAAUAUUCCACACCGCCAGCUUUAGAAUCAAUGGUAGAGUCAAACAUGGUUAUAAAUUAAUUUAAUGUUACCUAUACAACAAUUUAUAGGAUAUGGUUUAGUGGUCUACCUAUUCAUUUUUUUUUUUGAAAUUUAGUAUGAAUUAUUAUCUGAAAUCAAUUGUAUAUACAUUUUAUAUUAUAUUAUUAAUAUAAAAUAAAAUAUAGUAAGCAAGUACAGUAGAACUUSAUUAAAAGUAAAAGAUUAAGGGAAAUAAAUUUCUUAAACUUACUAAGGUUAGAUUGGAUUAGUAAAUGGUAUUUAUUUUGACUUAAGAUUAUUGGUAUAUUGAUGUUCUACUGUAUAUAUGAAAUUUAUAUUAGUAUGAUAA